UGAUUCAAUACUAUCGAUAGUACCCCAUUUCUACACUACACUGGAAUAAAAACAAUGCAAUCAGCUGAUUAUGAUUAUGGAUGGUGAAGGAAAGUAUGCGUAAACGUUACCAAGUGGCCGCUACGGUUGAACAUGGACGGAUUCAGUUUUCCAGAACUUUUGUCAUAUCAAGCUGCUAACACUAAAGUUGUGACCUAUGGAAAUGAGUUUCAAUUUAUGUUAGCUAUUAAAAAUGAUGUAAAUUUCCCACUAAGACGUCGUAUGUCCGCAGCAUGGCUUAGCGCACUAAAAGCCAAAUAUGCAUUAAGUACUAACGAUAAAGAGAAUGCAGCUCGAAAUGCAACUCGUCUGCGCGAAGAAGGGAAUGUCCUGUAUAGCUCAAAAACUGAUAACAAUAAGGGAGAUAUGGUCACCGCUGGACAACGGUAUACACAAGCUAUUUUCGCUGCCGUAGCCAAUACAGAACCUUUGGCGCUAGCUUAUGCUAACCGGGCAAUGGCCUUGCAAGAAUUGAAAUACUACCAGCAAGCAUAUGAUGAUUGUUGUUGUGUACUUGAGACAAACAUGUAUCCACCGCGUUUAUUGCACAAAAUUAUAGCACGUCAGGCGUUUUGCGCAUUUUAUUUAAAGGAUGCAAUGAAAUUGGAGGCGCAUUUGCAAGAACUAAAAGACUGGAAUUUAAAUGAGAGCUUCACUAUGAGAGUACAAGAGCUGCAUGCAGGACUGGAAAUAUUAAAUAAUAAUGAAAGGCAAAAGCAAACCGAGUUUGGAAAGGAAUAUAGAAAAGAAGUAUCGAUGACAGAAGCAACAAGGAUCAUUGAUACAAAAAGCACUACCCGCGGACGCUACAUGAUUGCAACGAGGGAGAUAAAAUCUGGGGAAGUGAUUUUCAGUGAAACAGCAAGCUCUUUUGUGCCUGUCGGUGGUUGUCAAAUGUGUCAAGAAUGCGGUGCUAUGUUAAUGAUUCCCUUUCCUUGCCACGGCUGUAAUGGAAAAGUUAUUUACUGCUCAUUAGCCUGCCGAAAAGGACAUUUCAAAGUGCAUCAAAAUGAAUGCAUUGGACAUUUAAUAGGCUUGUUUGCGCAAAUCGGCAUUUCACACCUGGCGCUAAGAGUAGUACUGGAAGAGAUGCCAGCAAUUGUUCCGAUUGUAGAGCAUAAAAAGGAUCCCGCAGAAUUAUGGCUUGAUUUGACAUCACCAAAAGGACUGCUGCAUACUAGACCGGAUGUAAAUUAUGCACAAACGCUAUGCAUGGUUACCCAUUUGGCCAAAAUGUCUUUAUCAGAUAUAAUAUGGUUUGCUUUAGUAGCUGAACUGUUAAUUGUGUAUCUCAAAGACCAUACACAUUUUUUUAAAAGUAUGAACAGCACUAAUCUCAAGCAAACCGACUGGGAGUUAAUCACAAGUGCUCUGAUACUUCGCCACAUCGGUCAAUUUAUUGUAAAUGCACAUACAUGCGUUUCGAUUACACCAUCUUGCUAUGAUGUAUCAUCAACAGGUAACCUUGUUGGGCUUCUGUUGGUACCUAACGUAUGGGUAAAGCCUUUUCAUCUGCGUCGCGGCUUGUUGCAUAUGUUCAGCGAAUUCCGAGAGGUUUCUGCUGCCAACCUGUCAUAUCUUAGCAUAUGUAAUCAUGCUUGUGCUCCUACUUUGUGUCCGAAAUUCUCUGGAAGGAAUUUCUACGCAUUGGCUGUAAAAGACAUAGAAACCGGAGCAGAAAUAUUUAAUUGCUACACCCUGAAUCACCGAAAGUCGCUAAGAACUUUCCGCCAGAGCUACCUAAAAGAUACUUAUCACUUUGACUGUAUCUGUGCGCAAUGCCAACAAAAAAAUCCUGACUCGGCCUACUUGAAGUAUCAUUUAUACAAAUGCCAAAAUCCAAAGUGCCAAAAAGAAUUCGUACCAGAUGUAGAUAAUAGCUCGAACCUCAUUUGGUGGCUAACGGUAUAUGAAAACCAAGUCCCUUUGGAAGGAGUAGCUUGCACCAAAUGCAAAAAGAAAUGGGAUAUUGAAUGGUUUAGAGAAUUUAAAGAAUUACUAAAACAAACAAACAGUGUCAAAAAGCGGGUCAAACUUCUACGUAUUUUCAAAACUGUUGAUGAUUUCCUUUUGGGGUUUCAUUCCUUAAAGUUAACGUUGGCAUCGGAGUUGGUAAACGCAUGUAUUAUCUCAUAUACAGCUGGUUGUGAAUUUAUUGAUGAAGAGUUGAAUGAAAUUGUACGCAUUUUAAAAUUUUGUCUGGAGGGCACUGCCGAUCAAUGUGGUUUACAGUCCAUUGAGUAUGUGGCUACUAUGACAUAUAUGUGGGAUUUAAUUGCAAUCGGAAAAUGCCAAUGUACGCAGUUGGAAAAAAAUUCGAUGCUUAAAGCACUUGACAUAAUAUCUGAUGAAUAUAGAAUUGUGUUUAUAAAUUAUUAUAAAGACUACAUUGAUAAGAAAUAAAAUUAAUCGCCCUUAUGUCAGAACAUGAAUGUGCAUAUUUAUCAGUUUUGAGUUAUUGGGUUGACUUGAUUAACCUUUGGAUGUUUUAUAAUAUACCAAAACCCAGAAUACUAUGCGCGCACGGAAAGCACAUAUGUAUGUACUUUACAAUUCCAAUUGCAUAAAUGUAAAGUUUCGUAAUUUUUACACAUUCAUGUUUCUGGCAAACGGUUGACGACAUGUUAAGUUAAACUCAAAAUGUUCAUAAAUUGACUUUUACCGUAAAAGAAUUCAUAGUACGUAUUUUAAGGACAACUAACAUCAUUCGUAACAUAUAAAGAGUAUUUUAUUGAUGUGUAAAAAUCUAAUCUCUCAGACUCUCAGUAAAGCUGCAUGAGGCGAUUUUCUAGGCGAUUCAACAUUGCUCGACAAAAAUCGCUUACCUGAAAGUAACUUAAGUUAACUUUUGCAUUUGACUAUUGCCUGCCAAAAAUUCGCUCAUGUGCAUGCAUCUUAUUGCUAAAAUUUACGUUAAACCAGCAGAAAAUUCGUAACUGCUGCAAUAUAAGUCAAUUAAUUUCAAUUCCCAGCUCGGGCAAUUGUUCCGCUAUAUCUGUAUAAAUGUAAGUAGGCAAUGAUAUUCUGUAGGCACUCUGAAACUUUCACUAAAUCAUACUAAAAUUUAAAACUGCGUU